UAAGCUUUAAAAAAGGAAAACAGAAGUGAGAGAGAGAGAGAGAGAGAGAAACCUGGAGGCCGGAACUCAGUUCUCUCAGUUCUCAGACCCUGCUUCAGUUUCUUGGUUCUUUUUCCACAGCGGUUUUUGGCGCAGUGUGUAGCUGUACCUUCUUCUAACUCAUUGCAAUAGGCGGGCUGUUUAGCACAGUUACAGUUACCCGAAACGCAAAGAUGAGCUAUUCCCAUUCCAAUAUGUGUUCUGGUAGCAGAACUGCUAAAAGAACACUUGAGUUCGGUAGGACACAUGUGGUGAGGCCCAAAGGAAAGCAUCAAGCCACAAUAGUCUGGCUACAUGGACUUGGGGAUAAUGGCUCAAGCGCAUCUCAACUCUUGGAAUCUCUUCCUCUUCCAAAUAUUAAGUGGAUCUGCCCAACUGCUCCUACCCGUCCUGUGGCUAUACUCGGUGGAUUUCCUUGCACUGCCUGGUUUGAAAUGGGAGAGCUUUCAGACGAUGGUCCAGAUGAUUGGGAGAGUUUAGAUGCUUCAGCAGCACAUAUUGCGAACUUGUUGUCAACUGAGCCAGCUGAUGUUAAAGUCGGUAUUGGAGGCUUUAGUAUGGGUGCUGCGAUGGCCCUUUAUUCUGCAACUUGUUAUGCUGCGGGUAGGUAUGGAAAUGGCAACCCAUACCCUCUCAAUCUGAGGGCAGUUGUUGGACUAAGUGGUUGGCUUCCAGGAGCAAGGAGCUUACGGAACAAAAUUGAAGGGUCACAUGAGGCUGCAAGGCGUGCCGCAUCAUUACCCAUUUUGCAAUGUCAUGGAAAAAAUGAUGAUGUAGUCCCUUACAAAUAUGGAGAGAAAUCAGUCAACUCCUUGAAUUCAGCAGGAUUCCGAUACCUUACGUUCAAACCCCUUGAUGGGCUUGGUCAUUACACUAUCCCUAAAGAGAUGAGUGAAGUCUCCAGUUGGCUUUCUGCAAGGCUGGGGCUUGAGGGGUACCGCUCAUAAAUCUGACAGUGUCUAAUUGGAGAUGGUGUGGGAGUAGUAGCUAACAAUAAUGAGUGAGAAACGCACAUGUACAAGUAGGUGCUAUACAAAAUGGGGCAUGGAGUAUAUGGUAUAGCGAAAUUGACCUUUCUAAUUCCCUUUUGUAUUCUGUCUUUCCUACAAAUAAAGUUUUGGGUGUGCUUUUAUGUUCCACUUGGAGGAUGUAGAGCUAGUGGUGAUUUAGUUUUGGAUGUAUUUAGUUUGGGCAUUCGUUUAUGUGAUUUUAUUAUUAAUAAUUAGUGGAGUUCUACUCUC